AUGCUUUUCGUGCUCAUUGACCUGAUUUUCAUGCUCACCUUCCCGGUUUGGUAGGUUUUGAGGCUUAUUUUUGAGCAAAGAAAGCGGUAAAGGACGUCAGAGAGGUACUGGGGAAAUGUCGAAAUGGUGGAUAAAGGCCGCUAAAAGGGAGAGGAUCAAAAAAGGGAGCAAAAAGAGUCCCUUUAACGAGCCUCCCAUUUUUCUGGGGUUUUAAACGCUUAAGGAAUGGUGAAAAAGGGAGAGGCAGCAAAAAUGGUGCAUAAGAGCCGAGAAAAUGGCUCAAAAAGGCAGCAAAAAGGAACCUUUGUAACCCUAAAAGGAAAAUUUCUAUGGAGCUCCUUUUCACCCUUUCCUACUUUGUCUGCCGUCACUUCAGCCUCUCUUGAUCUCUCACUUAUUAUUGGAAUUUUAGGUACCUACACUGCAAAAAAAUCAAUUAUGUACUUGCAAUGUCGAUCCCUGGCUUUUCUAUGGGCGUUUAUUUUCUCGUGUCCGGUUUUUUGAACAUCGGUGAAGGAACUGUGCUCGUGUGCAAUGGAAUAAAUGGUUAAAAGACAGAAAAUCGAUAAAAUUUUUCAAGAUUUAGCAGUUUCCCCAUCUUUGGUCCGAAUUUGGUUGAUGUUGGCUUUGAUCGUGAAUUUGUUGUCCCUCUUGACUUAUGUCUUCUUAUUCACUUCUCUGCAUUAUCUUGGUGAGUUUGAUCAAUUUGUACCGUUGAAGAAAAGGAAGUAAAUAUCGAUUCAGGAAAGAAAAAAGCCCUUCAAAAGGAGGCGUCAAAUGUGACACGACGGCUUCAAGUUAUUCUACUGAUUUACCUGAUUUCCUGGUUCGCAGGUAUAGCUGGCAACAAUAUUAUUGGAUUUCUGUUCGAAGGACCUACCUUGGAAUAUCUUCUCACUCAUAUGGUUGGUGAUUAGGGGGUUUUUCUGAUAAAGUGGUGGAAAAUCCGAUACUUGUUCCCAACAGGGAUGGAUUGCAGUGGAAAGAGAAAAUUUCAAAGUUUUAUUACAAAUACAACUCAGUGCGUAAGUCACAGAGUUUUCACAACAGCUCAAAAUUUCGGCUCUAACUGACUUUCCUUAUUAAGUACAGAAUAAAAUUUCAGGUGAUUUUUGUGGACCUGGCCUAUUCCCAAUCGUUUUAUGUAAUCAUCUGGAAAUCUUCAGAAUAUCGCAAAGCUUUCCGUGCUUUAUAUCCCGAAAUUUUCAAAUCGAAACCCAUACGAAGUAGAAUCAACACAAUAACUGUCGCUCACAGUAGCAUUAAUCUUUCUUGAUGAAUAAAAUUUAUUGUUUUUUCAUAGUCAUUCAAAGAUUUUCACUCAAAAGUAUCGUUCUCUGUGAAUUAGAAAAAAAUGGAAAAUUUUUUUAUAGGGGCUGCCAAUUUGUGAAAAAUUUCACGGAGAUUUAGAAUUUUUUUCAAAAAAAGCAAUGAUUUGAAAAAAAAACUGUUUUUUAAAGUCUGAUUUGCAAUCAUACGAAGAUAAUUGGGAAAUAUCAAACCCUGAGAAUUUUCGUUAAGCUGAAAAAAAUAAAAAGGAAUAAAAAGGAAGAGAGUGAAUUAUUCAUCGUAUAUGAAACUUUUAUAACGAUAAGGUCACUUGAGUGGCUACUCUGCGUUAGUUUAAAAGAUUUAUUUUCAUACUUUGAACCUUAAUUUAUAAGAAACGUUCAAGAUCAGUUCAGUAUUGAGUUAGGCAGUGAGAGUUUUGUAAAUGACUCCUGUAGAGAUUUUCCCAGUCCUUUGUAACUUUUCAUCUCAACAGGACUUGAUAUCGACAUUUUCAACAAAAACCAUGAUUCGCAGCGCAAAAAAGAAGAAAUAUAAAACGAAGAGGGAUCGAAUCAGUGGAUCAUAUGCAAAAGUUCAAAACUACUGACAUUUUUUUUUUGAGUUUCUAAGUUUUAUUUUUAUUUCUGGGGUGCAUAAGAAGUUUCGAGGAAGAAGUCAAAAACCUAGAAAGUUGCAAGUAUUGAGAAAAAAAGUGUUCCCACGCAGAAGUAUGACUUCAGUAGAGUAUGGGGAAAAUAGCCAGGUCACAGAUUCAAGGUACAUUUCAACUUCUGUAACGGAUCCCGUUAUGAGCUCUCUGAAGCUUAUCUACGCAUUAGAAAUCCUUUUUUACAAUGUUGUUGGGAAUUUUGGAAAUUUUCACGUUAUUUAUUUGACCUUUUCACAUCCUGAGUGGAGGACGAAGUCGAGUGAGUUGGUUAUUCAAACAAAAAAAAAUAAUGAUUUUCGAUCUACGAAAUUAUUGGACAGAAAAACUUUUAGAUGAACAGAAACUACAAACCUGGAUAGGAGUUGAACUGGGGACCACUAAGAUAAAAAAAUACUGUUUUUCGCUCAAAUAUUCUUGUUAGUUGACUCUAACGUAUAGUCUGUUAAGAUUUUCAAUUUCAAUUCGUAGCUCAAGCCCCGCCCCUAAUGACGAGAUAUAGUCUGUUCAGAUUUCAAAUGUCAAGUCCUCGCUGAAGCUCCGCCCCCUAAUGGCGCGAUAAACCAAUCAGAAAGCGAGCCAUCCAGAGAGUGUUUUCGAGUGACGUCAUUAUAUUUGACAUUAAAAAUCUGAGCGGACUAUAUUGGAACUUUAAAAAAACAAAAAAACAUACCGUUUCAAGGCAAUUUCUAAAUUUAUAAAAUAAUCAUUUAGGGUAUUUUUUUUAACUUUUCUAACUUUUUUUCAGCCUAUCUUCAAGCAAUACUCUCCUUCUCACAUGCAAUAUGUCUUCUGAAUCAACUUCCAAAUGUCGCUUACUACCUUCUGGAUGUUUCCUUAACCAGGGAACAAUGCUACUUCCUGACAAUUCCUUCGAUUUUCUUCACCAGUGUUCAAUGCGUCAUGAUGCUUUUCAUGCUCAUCGACUUGACUUUCAUGCUCACUUUUCCAAUUUGGUGAGUUUUAAAGCCGAAAAGAAAGAAACGGUGGAAGUGAGAGAUUAUCAACGAUCUCAAGAGAUUCCAGAUAGUUAGAGCUUUUUUUUGGCAUCUUCUAUUUUUUCAUCGAAAUUCAGGUACCUACGCUUAGAAAAUCUUACCUACGUAUUCUUAAUGUCUAUUCCUGCUUUUUGUUUGGGCGUUUAUUCUCUGAUAUCUGGUUUUUUAAAUAUCGGCGAGGGAAAUGUUCUAGUUUGUAGCGGAAUGAAUGGUAAGCGAUCACUUUAGGGAUGAAUAAUGAUUUUGAUAACUUGAUUCUAGCAGUUUCCUUAUCUCUGGUCCGAUUUUGGGUGAUGCUAGCUUUAAUUGUGAACCUCAUGUCCCUCUUGACUUAUGUAUUUUUAUUCGCUUCCCUGCAUUAUCUUGGUGGUUUUUUAUUGAUUAAUAUGUAAGCUAUGCAAAUUUUCAAUAACUCAUCCACUACAGGAAAGAAGAAAUCUCUCCAGAAGGAGGCUUCAAAUGUGACCCAUCGUCUUCAAAUUAUCCUAUUGGUUUACCUGAUUUCCUGGUUCGCAGGUAUUGCUGGCAACAAUAUUAUUGGAUUUCUCUUCGAAGAACCUACAAUGGGAUAUCUAACUACUCAUUUGGUUGGUAAAGUGCUCGAUUUUCUGCUUGAAAUAAAAUAUCCUCUGCAACCGACUUUUCACGGUUCUGCCAAGACAAUAGGAAUCAGAUAGAGAACUAGAGAGCUUUUAAAAAAUGACUUGACAAAAAUAGUCGUAGAGGUUUCAAGUCAUCAUGGAUAGACUAUAAUUAUCAACGCAAAAAAAAAAACUAUUUUUCAGGUUAUUUUUGCCGACCUGGCCUAUUCCCAAUCGUUUUAUGUGAUUAUAUUGAAGUCGCCUGAAUAUCGCAGAGCUUUUUGCUCAUUGUACCCGAAAAUUUUCAAACCGAAACCAUUUCGGAAUAGAAUCAACACAAUUACUGUCACUCAUGUCAGCCAUUAACUUUUUCCUGCCGGAUUUUUUCAAACAAAUUGUACAUUUUUCAUGGUUCUUAUUGCAAUAAAAAAUAAAGAAGAUAAUUUUUCACAUGUAAAGUUUCUGGAAAUGUGAAGUCUGUGUGAAAAUAUCUAUACAGUUUGAAAUUUUUUUUUAGAAAUAAGCGAAAAUUCUAAAAUUAUGAGGAGGAAUCCAACCCGAGCCCGUUCUGAUAUAAUUUUUUUGCUUCCUAUAGUCUGUUCAGAUUUUUAAUGUUAAGUGCGAUGAUGUCAUUCAAAAACACUCUGUGGAUGGCUCGCUCUCUGAUUGGUUCAUCGCGCCAUUAGAGGGCGGAGCUUGAGCGACGACAUGACAUUCAAAAUCUGAACAGACUAUACAAAAAAAAAAAGUGAAACGUGGCCAAUAAACAGAUUUUAUUGACAGCAGGGUGUGGGAGAAAAUGAUUUGUGAGAAUACUUCCUGAUAAUCGAGAAACAUUGGGGUGUGGGAGUUUUAGAAAGAUUUCAAGUAACUCUAAAGUUUUGAGAAGGAGGAAGUGAAAAAAAUUUCUUAGAGAAAGGUUCAGAAAUAACUUGUAGAAGUCAAUAUGAGCCGUUAGGUUGAAAACGAUAAAAAAAAAUAUGGGCGUUGCCAAUUUUUGUGAAAAAUUUAGGCGCUGCCAAUUAUGAAAAAACCGUGAAUUUUCAUAAAUUUGAACAAUGCUUCUACCACGUCUACGGGAUGUUUCUGAGCUUCAGAAUCGGUUCUUUAGUUAAUGAUCAAAAAAAUCCACUGAUACGAGUCAAAUACUAAAAAUUUUGCAAAUAUUGUGAUUCGUUAAAAAAAAGCAUAUUCCCACAAAGGGUAUGACUUUCCAUAGCGCAUGGGAAAAUGUAUAGGAGCAGAAAUCUUAAGGCUCAGUCUAGCUCAAAUUUUGUUAGGAAAUGAGCUCUUUGAAGUUAAUAUACGCGUUGGAAAUCCUUAUUUUCAACAUUUUUGGCAAUUUUGGAAAUUUUCAUAUUAUUUAUCUGGCAUUUUCGCACCCCGAGUGGAGGACGAAGUCGAGUGAGUUUAAAAACUUUGUGUAAAACCUAAUUUUUAUGAUUUUUGAAGCCUAUCUUCAAGCCAUCCUCUCCUUCUCACAUGCAAUAUGCCUUCUGAAUCAACUUCCAAACGUCGCCUUCUUCCUUCUGGAUGUUUCAUUGACCAGAAGACAGUGUUAUUUCCUAGUGAUGCCUUCUAUUUUCUUCACGUGCGUUCAGUCCGUCAUGAUGCUUAUUAUGCUCGUCGACUUGACCUUGAUGCUUUCUUUCCCAAUCUGGUGGGUUUAAAGCGAAACUUGAAGCCAAAAAAAAAGAAAACUUUUUUUUCGUUUUCCGACUUCAAACUCUCUAUGGUGUAAGUUCAGGUACAUCCAACUCCAAAAGUUCAAUUAUGUCUUCGCAAUGUCGAUCCCUGGCUUUUGUUUGGGCGCCUAUUUUCUGAUCUCUGCUUUUUUGAAUGUCGGUGAUGAAAUUGUUCUGGUUUGCAAUGGAGUAAAUGGUCAGUAAUCAUUUUUCGAGAAAUAAUCAUGAUUUCCUGAGUUCAGCAUUCACCCCAGCUUUGGUCCGAAUUUAUCUGAUGGUAGCCUUAAUUUUGAAUAUCAUGUCCCUUUUGGCUUACGUCUUCCUAUUCACUUCCCUUCACUAUCUAGGUUGGGGGUUUUUUUCAUUUAUUUUUGUUACUUUUUAUUCUUAUAACUUUUUUCAAAAAAGGCUACUCCAUUCAGGAAAGAGACAAACGCUCCAAAGGGAGGCUUCAAACGUGACGCGAAGGCUCAGAGUUAUCUUAUUGGUUUACCUGGUUUCCUGGUUCGCAGGUAUUGCUGGCAACAAUAUUGUCGGAUUUAUAUUCGAAGGACCCAUCAUGAUAUACAUAACAACUCAUCUGGUUGGUAAAACAGUCGAUUUUACAUAGCUUAAAAAGAAAAUUAGUUGCGCCUGACCUUUCACGGGUUUGACAAGAACUAGAGACUCUAGGAGCCUCAGAAAACUUCUAGGCGUUUCAAGUCCCGACUCGUCUAAUAUACUGAACUGAAAAAAAAACUCACUUUUCAGGUGGUUUUUGUAGACCUGGCUUAUUCUCAGUCAUUUUACGUUAUCAUAUGGAAGUCGGCUGAAUAUCGCAAAGCUUUUUGUGCGUUAUAUCCGAAGAUUUUCAAACCGAGACCUACUCGAACUAGAGCAAUCACAGUGACUGUCCAUCACAGCAGCACUAAUUUCUCCUGAAUGUCUCAUUUUUUCUCAAUAAACUGUAUAUUUUAUAAAAGUUUCCGUGACGUCACAUCUACGUGAAAAGUUAGGGACCGCAAAGCCACGCCCCUUUUUCGCGAUAGAAAAAAAGUGGCUUUUUUUGGUUUUCAACUUUCAUUUUGUUGUAGUUGUAAAAAUAUGUGGAACUGGCGAAUAAAAUUUGACACACAUGUACAGAAAAAGCUUCCUCUUUCGUUUAAAAAAAUAUUUCACGCUUUUUUUGAUGCGUUCUCGCGGAAUGUCGUACAAAAAAACGUGAAUGGAACUAAAAAAAUUUUUGUCAUUUUUUUGCUUUUUUUCAUGUGUUUUUCAGGUCGAACGCACUCUUUCUUUUUUUAUAUAAUGAUUUUGAUUCAAGUAACGGUAAUUUUAAAACAAUAAAAUAAAAAAAUUCGUCUUUGCCAAAAAAAUUUUUAGGGAGUGCCGAAAGUCAUAAUUCAAAAAUAUCGUUAAUAAGCGAAUAUAAUCGAGUUUUUUUGUUUUUUUCAAAAAGUUAGACCAUAGGCUUACUUAAAUUUUUUUCUCCACAGCAUAUGUGCUGGAAAAAAAGUUGUUUAAUACGCAAAAAAAUGCACUUGAAAAUAGAGAAUAAAAAUUAGCGGCGUUUAUCACACAGAAAGCGGUCGAACGCAGGUUUUUCAAACGAUUAUAUACAUUUAUUAGUAAAAAAAUCUUUCAAUUAAAAAGAAUAAAAUAAAAAAAUUCGUCUUUGCCAAAAAAAUUUACGGGGCCGUUUUUAAUGCAGUGAUCGUUAAACGAGGCAAAAAAAGCACUAAAAAAACUGUUUUUUUCGAAGUGAAUUUCCACGGAAAAAUUUGAGUAAAGAUUUGCGAACAUAUUCUGAUAAAAAAAUAGCUGAAUUACUUCAAAUUUUUUUAUUUUUUUGAAAUAGGCAAUCUGUGCUAUUCAAACGGCUCAAGGCUAUGGCGGAUGGAAGUUCCCCUCGCCAGACCUAACAACUUGGCGCAGCGCGUGCGCUGCGAUUUUUCAUUUUGAGGUCGCGAGUUCGAUACCCGCAAGCGUCAGUUUUUUGUUUUCUGGAAAAUACCGACUUUUUCGGCAAACUAGCUAAUUUUCAUCAUUAUAGAGCUCUAUUAUGAUUUCUUACAUCAUAAUAGACCAGUAUCAAAAACUUGUUCUAAAAAGAAAAAAAUCGAGAAAAAAAUGUCUAAAAAUGGAUAACACCAAAAUUUCAGUACUAAAAAAAUGGUGCGCGGCGCGCCACAUUUUUUUCGUCAUAACUUUUUUUCAUCCUCAUUCUUUUCCGAAAAAAACUAAACGGUUCUGAGUUUCGAAUCGAAACAGCUAUCAAACCAUGCAAAGCUCAAUGCUGAAAAAUUUUCGAAAAAUUGGUCUGCGGUCCCUAUGAAAAGUUUAAAAUUGUAGAAAAUGAAGCACCAGGAUUUUUUCAGAGAAAAUAAAAGAAUUAUUUUAUCACAUCAAUCUGAUAGUGGGACUCCGGAAUGAGACCAUACCUGUACUGUUUUAAGCGAGUUUUCUCAACUUUGAGGGCUAAACUCUUUUCUUUAAAAAUCAUAUCAAGCAUAAAUCCAAAAUCAGCGUAAAAAAAAUUUAAUAAAUUGAUAUUCAUUCGGAGUCUCAAUGAGCUGAAGAUCCUGAGAAUUUUCGAACUUUUAAAGAAAUUCGGAAUUUUGUUUGGGCUCCGCCAACUUUAUAUAUUUGGUAGGAUUUUGAAAAAUUCUAAUUUAGGCGCUGCAACUUUCUGUAGUUCAUCCGCCGCGACUCGACAGUUUUCGAGUGUCUGGCUAUAUGGGCUAUAUGAAGAUCUGUAGAAAAAAGAAAAUUCAAAAUUCAAAAUAUGUUUCUUUUAAUUUAUGAUUCUCUAUGUCUAGUUUACAGAUUUUUAGAUUUACGUAAAAUUUUUGUAUCUGUCAUAUGCUCUUUUACGCAACAGAGUUCCUCUAACUCGUACUUUCACAGAAUGGGCUCAUUAAUUUUCUCAUAGAUAAAAGGGGUGAAUUGGAUCUAUGAGAAACUCGCUAAAAGUCUGAGGAACUUCAGUUUAUCCAGAGCAAUGGACAUUCUCAAGUUGAUAUACGCUCUUGAAGUCAUCCUUUACAACAUUUUCGGCAAUUUCGGGAAUUUCCACCUGGUUUAUUUGACCAUUUUCAGACAGGAACUACGAUCCAAAUCUGGUAAAAACUACAAAGUUUCUUCUGAAUUUAUUUUUUCAUUAUUUCAGCGUACCUUCAAGCGAUAACCUCCUUUUCCCAUGCAGUUUGUCUUCUGAAUCAACUUCCGAACGUCGCAUUUUUCCUUCUGAACUUCGAAUUGUCGAGAAAUCAGUGCGUUUUUGUGGCGACUCCAUAUAUUCUGUGUGCAAAUAUUCAGUGCGUAAUGAUGCUUUUUAUCCUCAUCGACUCUAUUUUAAUGAUUUCUUUCCCUCUUUGGUAAGCUUCCGUUCAAAAAACAAAUUUUAUUUGGAAAAUUAGGUACCGAAACCUGGGGACCUUCAAAUAUGUUCUGGCAAUGUUCCUUCCGGCUUUGGCUUCUGGAUUAUUUUUUGCCACCGCCGCUUUUUUGAUGGUUGAUAGUACACGCGUUCCAGUUUGCUCUGGUCCGAACGGUAGUAUUUUUUUAAAAUCAGUCCUUAUUCAAUUUUUAGCUCUGCAUCCGAGUUUGCUAAAAGUUUGGUUUUUUCACGUUUUUGUCGUGAGCAUCGCCGUCCUGUUCACCUAUGUGGUUUUAUUCUCUUCUCUGUAUUAUCUUGGUUGGUUUCUCUUUUUUGGGUUCUAAAAAAAAUGAAAUUCAGCCAAAAGACACACUCUGGAAAGAGAAGUGGCUGAAAUCACCCGACGCCUUCGCGUUAUUCUCUUCAUUUACAUCAUUUCCUGGUUCACUGGGUCUUUUGGCGCCAAUCUUCUCCCAUUCUUCUUCGAAGGAAAAGCUAUGCAAUAUGCAGCAAGUCAUCUGGUUAGAAAAACUGAAACAAAAUUCAGAAAAGAACGCUUUUUUUUCAGGUAGUUUUUGUGGACAUUUGUUAUUCGCAAUCGUUUUAUGUCAUUAUAUGGAAGUCUUCAGAUUAUCGCAAGGCUUUUUAUUCGUUAUAUCCGAGAGUUUUCGGACCCAAAACGUUUGAAAAUAAAAUCGUCACGAUUAAUGUCGCCGAGAGCAGCAUCAAUGCUUCUUAA